AUGUGUGUGUGUGUGUGUAUUUUAUAUAUAUAUACAUACAUUCGCACUCACAAGCUUACUGUAUUCGCUGAAGAGCUUGUCGAGGCUGGUGUUCCAGUCCAAGCGGCUACUCAGAAUCAAGAGCGUUGCCGCUGUUCCAAGGACAUUCUACUGCUGACAACAGCUGCUUAUGCGGUGCUGCCGAACACGGCUCAGUGGCUGCAGCAGCGGUAUGGCAUUCGAACUCUGCACGUCGAAGUGCACUUCCCGGCGACUGGCGCCGGGACCUUCCUGGAUCCAGUGAGGGAUGCCCUGGAGAAGCUUGGAGCAGAGGCGUCUCGCCUUCGGCUAGCCGUCUUUGAUCAUGUGUCCUCCUAUCCGCCAGCCGUCCUUCCCGUGGAAGCCUUGGCCAAGCAAGUCAAGGAGGCGGCGCCGAGUGCGCUCGUGCUGUUGGAUGGAGCUCACGCUUUGGGGCAGGUGCCUAUUUCCAUGACGGCCUUGGCCGCAGCGGGAGUGGACUUCUACGUCACGGAUGGCCACAAGUGGCUCAUGGCACCCAAGGGCAGCGGUGCACUUUGGGCACGCGGCUCUGCGCAGCCAUUGCUGGAGCCCGCGAUCAUCUCCUCGGACAAUGCGCCAGGAUCGAGCUUCCAGUCUCGCUUUGACUACAUCGGCACGCGGGACUACACUCCCUGGUGUGCCAUGGGAUCGGCGAUGGACUUUCGUCGGGACGUGCUUGGAGGAGAAGACC